AUGGAAUCAUCUUUAUACAAUAGUAUAUAUCAACGUGUUAGUUCGGAAGUCAAUAAUGACGAACAAUUUUGUACAUAUUUGGCCGAAAUUUGUACUGAUUCUGAUAGCCACUGUGAUGAUUUGCGCGCUAUUAUUGAUACGAUGUUUAAAACAAGUUAUCCGAAUAUGUCCGACGCACGUCGUCAACAUGUUAUUUAUUCUCUUCUCGAUAUAAUUGAAGAAAAUCGAAAAAAAAUCAAUGAAGAAACUGAUGAUAAUGUAAAUGAUGAAGACGAUAUUGAUCUUUCUGAACGAGUUGAACGUGAUGGUGAAUGCAAAUUAUGUGGAUCUAAUCAAAGAAUUACAAUUCAUCAUCUAAUUCCAAAAUUAAUACUCAAACGAAUGAGAAAUUCUGGUAAAGAAUCUGUUGAUGUAUCAAAAUACUUAAUUGAAGUGUGUCGACCAUGUCAUAAUGAAAUUCAUCGAAUAUGGCCUCAUAGUGAAUUAGCAAAAGAAUAUCAAACAGUCGAUAUGAUACUUGACGCGCCUGCUAUUCAACCAUAUCUUAAUUGGAAACGAAAACGAGAACGAACAGCAUAA